AUGGGAAUUACAAUAUUCGGGGCAGGGAAGGUGGUUUUGUGGGUGGCGGCGGCGAUGAGCUUAAUGUCUGAGUCGUGUGUGAGGGGAAUAAGGAAGAUGGAUGAUCAUGCUCAUGCGGAGAAGGGUAGUGAUGACGGAAAUAAGUUAGUGAAAAAUCCAGGGCGGUUCUUUGAUGGGCCGGCUGCAGGAAAUCCCAAUAUUCCGGGUGGGAUUAAUGGCGGUGGUGGGUUUGGAGGAGAGGGCAAAGGGUUCGGUUUUAGUUUUGGAGGGAAGGGAUCAUAUAGUUAUAGUUAUGGUACUUCUGGAAAACCUGCCAAUGCAGUUGAUUUUGGGAAGCCUGACUGUGAUGGAAAAGGUGGAGGGGCUGGUAGUGGAAUUGGUGGUGGUGGAAGCCACCAUAAGAAUAAAAAAGAGAACAAGCACCAUCAAGGCGGUAGUCAUGGUGGAGGUGGAAUUGGGGGAGGCAUUGGUAAAGGAAUUGGUGCUGGAGGAGGAAUAGGAAAAGGCCAUGAAGGUGGUGGAGGUAUUGGCAAAGGAGGGGGCGUUGGUGGCGGCAUUGGAAAAGGUGGGGGUGUUGGUGGUAGCAUUGGUAAAGGAGGGGGCGUUGGUGGCGGCGUUGGAAAAGGUGGGGGUGUCGGUGGCGGCAUUGGAAAAGGUGGGGGUGUCGGUGGCGACAUUGGCAAAGGAGGGGGCGUUGGUGGUGGCAUUGGCAAAGGAGAGGGCGCUGGUAGCGGCAUUGGAAAAGGUGGGGGUGUUGGUGGCGGCAUUGGCAAAGGAGGGGGUGUUGGUGGUGGCAUUGACAAAGGAGGCAGUGUUGGUGGCGGCAUUGGCAAAGGAGGGGGUGUUGGUGGCGGUAGUGGUGCAGGUGGUGGUAUUGGUGGUGGUGCAGGUGGUGGUAUUGGCGGUGGUAGUGGUGCAGGUGGAGGCAUUGGUGGUGGUGGUGGUGCCGGUGGUAGUAUUGGUGGUGGUGCAGGUGGAGGCAUUGGCGGUGGUGGUGCCGGUGGAGGCAUUGGUGGUGGUGGUGCCGGUGGCGGCAUUGGUGGUGGUCCCGGUGGCAGCAUUGGUGGCGGUGGUAUUGGUGGUGGUGCAGGUGGCGGUGUUGGUGCUGGUGGGGGCUUUGGCGGUGGUGGUGGUGGGGGCAUUGGUGGUGGUGGUGGUGGGGGCUUUGGCGGUGGUGCAGGUGGUGCUGGUGGGGGCUUUGGCGGUGGUGUAGGUGGGGGCAUUGGUGGUGGUGGUGCUGUCGGUGGAGGAGGUUUUGGUGGGGGUGGGGGUGGUGGAGUUGGGGGUGGAUUUGGUGGUGGUGUUGGUGGAGGAUUUGGUGGUGGCGCUGGUGGUGUUGGAGGUGGAGGAGGAGGAGGAUUUGGCGGGGGCAGCGGAGGUGGUAUUGGUGGAGGCAUUAUUAACAAUGGACAUGCAUAA